CUAGGUACUAUUUGUAUAGAAGUAGAAAACUAAUUUAACCCUGCCAUUUUUUUUUCGGUCCUAGGUAGAUGAAAUUUUUCUUUACCUUUUAGAUUAGGCCAACUUGGUUUAGGAAAAACAUGAAAAGGAAGGGGAGGGUCAUCCCAGAAAAAAAGGAAAAGAAAAAGAGAUCUCCUUUUCUAAAAUAGGAUUCGAUAUUUCGUGGCUUAGGCACGACUAGCGCCAGCUCGAUUAGGCAAUUCCCCCCCCAAGUAGGUCUCCCAAGUGAGCCUCUCGACCUGUGCCGCAGCAGAAGUUACCCCUAAAAAGGAGUAAACAAAUCGGCUCGCACAUAGCACCCCAGAGUGGUACUCCCGUGUAGCGCUUCCGCUGUCAGUUCCCCAUUUUAUCCACCAGUGGGGGAGCCAAAAUGAAGAGGGCGCUGCUGGUGCUACCACUAUGCAUUAAACUCCUAGCCUGCCUAUUCUUCCUACCGUGCUGUGAAAAUGUGGAGGCCAAAAAUGUGAAGGUAGAAUUAGACGGAAAGGUGUAUACCAUUCUGUACGAACCAAAGAAGGUGAAAUUCUCAGACCUCGAUCCUCUUAAAAUUAUGUUCCACUCAAACCAUGUGAAGCAUUCCGGAAAUUCGGUCAUCCGUUAUUUGGUCAAAUUGACAUCCAGAGAUAUAAGUAAAAUGGAUUAUGUGGUCAGGCAUGUGGACAUCUCUUAUGAUAGACCACUGAAAUAUGAGGACAGUUACAAAAUAAUAGGAGGGAUAACUUCCUAUGGGAGUACCUCUUUAAGGAUAACCCUAUUUGGGACAAACUCGAGUAGUAAAAACGGAUGUAGCAGCAACUUGGGCGUGAAAAAUAUUCUGCGAAAUGGGGCCUGUGCGCAUGUGGAUGAGGCGGCUAAACCUGAGGAGGGCCAUGAAAAGGCAUCCUCUUCUGGGGAAUUCAAAAGUGAACACAGCGAGGUGGCCACAAGAAGGGACCCAAACAAAAAGGCAACCAAAAGUGACCACCAUGUAGAGAAGCUCCUUGCAAAGUACAAAGAAGAUAAUGCCGAUGCAGUUAUCAAGCUAUGUAGGAACAAAAUGAACGAAAUUGCAUCGCAAAAACAUUGCAUAAAUUAUUUUACUGCUCAUUAUACUCUAGUUCGUGUAAAUAAAGAAGGAGCUAAAGAACCUAUUCAGGAAAAAUACAAAAAUGAGUUUCCGCCAAUCGAAGUUGAAAAAUUGAAGGAGUUGGUCAGCGUAUUUUGCUAA